CAAAACUUCGGUGUGGUUAAAACUUCAGUGUGGUAGUGAGUUGUGAAGUUUAGGGCGGCUAUUUUUGUAAUUUUUCACACAAAAAACAAAGAAAAUUGCCUCGAAAAUGCCUCCAAAGCGGAGGAGUAGUCGCAAUGAGCAUCAAGCUGAUCGCGACAACUUCCUGCAAUCAUUUGAGAAACCAACACAAAUUUAUCGUUAUUUGAGGGACAGGAAUCGUCUUUCGCCUAUUUUCCUUCAUCGUACACUGACGUACAUGCCCCAGAGAAUGUCGAGGACACACAAGAGACGCUCAACAUUCAAAAUUGAUUCCUUGCUCACGGAGAAGCUGAAGAGCAUCAAGAGGGCCAAUUGUCCCGAUGACUACCUCUCAAUGGUCUUUCUGGGCUUCUUUGAGCGUGCUGUGGACUCAUCGUCAGCCCUUGCAUGCGAAAGUGUUCGCGUGGAGACGAUUUUGUUGAAGAUUUCCCACAAGAAGCGCAAAGAGAGCUCAUCGUCCGUCCUGAAGACUCUUGGGGUGUCCGAGGUGACUGUGGGAUCGUCAGUUAGCCAGAAAGUGCCCGUGUUGAGCCUGUCGACGGAUAUGUUUGAUUCCGAGGAGGGUCAGGUUACGCACAUUCUACUCUUUCGUGUUCAAACACUCUCCGGAAAGGAUUCCCAGCUCUAUGGGACGGAAUUGAUGAUCUUCGACAAGUACGGCAGGUGCCUCCUGACCGAAGGGGAAUACCAACUAACACUGCAGGAAAUUACGCAGCCCACCCUGCAGGCAAAUGGGAAGAGCCCCCGGAAGUAUUCCUCAUGGGAGAAUCUCUCAAUGUUAACAGCUGAGCCACCUGCAGUGGAGGAUUCCUUUGACAAAGCACCAAUCCUGAAGUUUAUGCUGUACUGGACGGAGAAACCGCACACGGGAAUUGUAGAAUUUGCCGAAAUCUCCCAAUUCUCCCGGAAUCACGAUCCAUCGAAUAAGGAGAACGAUCCCACGGGUAUUGGGCACAAUAACAACGUCUGCCAGACACUCGCAAAGACCCAGAAGGUCACUAAUGCAAAGGGGCACAAUAUUUUUGGGAUUCCGGAGAAUAAGCUUCAGAUUGCCUUUCAAUUUGUCUACAAUAACAUCUCGCGCCAGACCACGGAGCCAUCGCCAUCGCUCCAGUGCCCAUGGUGUCAUGUUAACUGCAUGAGUUUGUAUUCGAUGCUGAAGCACCUCCAGCUAUGUCAUUCACGCUUCACAUUCAGCUUCGUUCAAGUGGGGAAUGUGGCACGAAUUGAUGUGAGCAUCAAUGACAGCUUCGAUGGCUCCUACAUGGGUUCCCCGCAUGAUCUCAUUGGCCCUGCGGGAUUCUCCUUUGCCCGCACGGGCCCCGUGAGACGUACCACCGUCACAAAUAUCCUCGUCUGCCGUCCGAGGCGUCUCAAGCCAUCCCUGAGUGAAUUCAUUGAGCUGGAGGAGAAUGACCUCAAUGGGCAGCGCCCCUACAUCACAGGGCACAACAGGCUCUACCAUCACACAAUGACAUGCCUCCCGGUGCAUCCGAAUGAGCUGGACAUUGAUUCGGAGGAGGAGUGCGAUCCACCGUGGCUGCGGAAGAAGACAAUGCAGAUGAUUGAUGAGUUCACGGAUGUCAAUGAGGGGGAGAAGGAACUCAUGAAGCUCUGGAAUCUGCACGUCAUGAAACAUGGUUUCGUUGGUGACUGCCUAAUACCGCUAGCGUGUGAUAUGUUUGUGGAAUUGAAGGGACGUGAGAUUCUCGAGAAGAAUCUCUAUCGCAAUUUCCUUCUGCAUAUGUGUUCACUUUGGGAAUAUGGCCUCGUGGCGCCAGAUUCCUUCUACAAAACAAUGCAGAAGCUACAGAAGAUCCUCAGUGACUACCAAGAGGGUAAAAAUGUCCUCACGGAUGCACGUGCGAAGCAUUUGGAGCAUUGGAAUGCGUUCGGGGUGCAUCGGCAUGUGCAAAUGAUGCAGAAAUGCCCAAAGGAGGAGCGCAAGGGGGGCGAGGGGGGGAAGCAGAAGGACACAAAGGAUUCGGCAGGGAAGGAGGCUAAAGAUAAGGAUUCAUUUACAAAACCCAAAACAGAGUGUCGUGGUGUUGCCAUUAAGUCAGCAUCGAAUGUUACAGUGCCGCAAAAACGUAAAAUGUCCGUCACAAGAACAACGUCCAGUGUGGAGAGUGGGAAGAGGAAGUUCUCCGAGAGAGAUGAUUUAGCAUCACCACCGCGACGUCGUAGUUCAGGGUCAACAUGGGCGGGUGGCGCAGAGAAACGCGCCAAGAUUGAGCUGAACAGGAGGAAGUCCCUGGGAGGUGCGGCAACUGCAUCCAAAACACGACUGGCCGUGUCACUUACCAAAGUCGAUAGGGAGCUGAGUGGCAGGAAAUGAGGCGCCUUUGCGACAUUUUAUUAUUUAUUAUCUCGUCUUUAGGUUUCACCUCCCUCAUUUUUCUUUAUUCUAAGUUCUCUAACUGCGUUAGAAUCAAAGUUCUCGACCUAUUAUAGUUUUUUUUUUACAUUUUCACCCACACUGGCUAGAAAUAAAUAUUGGAAUUACGAGAAAAAUUUUUAUUUUGAUUUUUUUAGGAAAUUCUGGUUACUUAAAAAAAUUAUUUAAUUUUUAUUGAACUGCCUAAAAAUAUAUUUUGGUCUUAAAAAAUGUCGUUUGUGAUUAUUUUAAAUUUCAAUUACCAUUUGAAAUUUUCAAAGUGCUAAAAAUGUACUGAAUAUUACAUCUAUUUCAUUGAAUAAAAAUUAGAAAUUGGCCAAGGCGUUUUUUGGCAUAA